GCGGCGGCAUGGCCGUGCCCUGGGCUUUGCCCGCGCCCCUCAGCCCGGCGCAGCUGAAGCGCCUGGAGCAGCACCGCUACAGCGCGGCCGGGCGCUCGCUGCUGGAGCCCUGGCUGCAGCCCUACUGGGCCUGGCUGGUGGAGCAGGUCCCGCUGGGGCUGGCCCCCAACGCCAUCACCCUGGGCGGCCUCCUGCUGAACUGCCUGACGGCGCUGCCGCUCAUCGCCUGCUGCCCCAGCGCCACCGAGCAGGCACCUUUUUGGGCAUACAUCCUGGGUGCAUUAGGACUUUUUGUCUACCAGUCUCUGGAUGCCAUUGAUGGGAAGCAAGCCAGAAGAACAAACAGUAGUUCUCCUCUAGGAGAACUCUUUGAUCAUGGUUGCGACUCUAUUUCCACAGUUUUUGUUGUCCUUGGAUCCUGCAUAGCAAUCCGACUAGGAACAAAUCCUGACUGGUUGUUUUUCUGUUGUUUUGUGGGACUGUUCAUGUUCUAUUCUGCUCACUGGCAGACAUAUGUAUCAGGCAUACUAAGGUUUGGAAAGGUUGAUGUCACUGAAGUUCAGAUAGCCAUAGCAGUGCUGCUCUUGAUGUCUGCCUAUGGUGGCACAGCAAUAUGGGACUAUAAGGUCCCUGUGGUGGGCUUAGAACUGAAGUUCUUUGCAGUUUUUGGCAUACUGUGUGGAACAGCACUUUCUUUUUUCAAUUACUUCCGUGUCAUCUUUGGCGGAGGGGUUGGAAAGAACGGAUCCACCAUAGCAGGAACAAGUGUUCUCUCACCAGGCCUGCACAUUGGACUGCUCAUCACACUGGCCGUUAUGAUCUAUAAAAAGUCUACAACACAGCUGUUUGAAAAACAUUCUUGCCUGUACGUCUUGACAUUUGGAGUUGUGAAUGCUAAAAUCUCUCAGAAGUUGGUGGUGGCUCACAUGACAAAAAGCGAAAUCUGUCUUCAGGACACUGCAUUUAUUGGGCCAGGACUUCUGUUUUUGGACCAGUACUUCAACAGUUUCAUCGAUGAAUACAUUGUCCUAUGGAUAGCCCUGUUCAUAUCCUUGUUUGAUAUGCUGAGAUAUGCCACUGGUGUGUGCCUACAGAUUGCUGCUCAUCUUCAUAUACAUGUCUUCAGAAUUUCAUCUCAUCAAGCUCCUGAACAGGUACAAGUUGUUUCUCCAUUGAGCCAUCAGAAUAACAUGGACUGAAGAGACUUGCGAACGGUUGCCAUCUCCUGCUGUUGCUGUUACGAGAAAAGGAGAUAAUACUGAACAAAUGCCGUAUCACUAUGAUUCCUUUCAGCUAAUUAAAUAAACGACAAAUGACUUUUUUAUAGAA